GCAGUAGCAGUGUGUGAUCGAGAUCUGAUUAAUCAAAUGAAUCAAUCAAUAUUAAAUAUUCCUUUACCUCCCGUGAUCAAAGGUCUUCUUGCUACAAAUGCGGAGAAGACCAAUAGAAUAGUCUAUCAGCUCUAUCGGCAAGAUCGCUCGACAAAGAUCACAGCUUACAAGGAUGCCGAGCGGCAUCUUUUGGAGUUAACAUGA